GCGCGUGCCAGAGCCAAUAGUUUCUCUGACAAAUCUGGCACAGACAGUGCUAUUCUGCCAGAGGUCACGAGAAGGAGGUACGGCACAAUUCUGUGUUGGUGGGGAUCGUGUGUAAUUGUAUAUACAUUUAAAGGAAAGAGAGUGUUUUCUUUCUCCCUUGCCAUAGUUUCAAGUUCGCUUGUCACCAUUUCCACCAAAAACGAGCCGGACUUUUCAGCGCGAGCUUCCCGGGUGCUCCAAAGCAAGCGAAUAAUUGGGGCGGUCGUGGGCAUCGUCAUGAUCGUGGCGCUGGUCAUCGCAGUUCCGCUUCUGGUCCAGACCUCGGUGGUUUCAGCGCACUACGAAAUGAUGGGCACUUGUCGGAUGAUCUGUGAUCCGUACAACCCCAAACCGAGUGCCACGGCGCUGGAGGUGAUGCAGGAUCUCAGUGUCAUCCAACCAUCUUUCGCUCAAGGGACUAGAGGGGAACCAGGCCGUCCGGGCAAACCGGGACCCAGGGGUCCACCUGGCGAACCGGGUCCACCUGGUCCAAGGGGUCCGCCUGGAGACUCCGGCAAACCUGGAUUUACCGGUAUCACUUCGGGAACGGCGAGGACCGAGACAGGAGACAUUGUUCCAGCGUUGGGGAACAUCAAGAUCGCGUUUUAUGUGGGUCUCAAGAACCCUCAUGAGGGCUACGAAGUGCUCCGGUUUGAUGAUGUUGUGACAAAUGUUGGAAAUCACUAUGAUCCCACUACCGGCAAGUUUACGUGCCAGGUGUCGGGGAUUUACUACUUCACCUACCAUGUGCUGAUGCGCGGAGGGGACGGGACGAGCAUGUGGGCAGACCUCUGUAAAAACGGACAGGUUCGGGCGAGCGCCAUCGCGCAAGACGCCGAUCAGAACUACGACUACGCGAGCAACAGCGCCGUGCUGCACCUGGACUCCGGAGACGAGAUUUAUGUCAAACUCGACGGCGGAAAGGCGCACGGAGGAAACAACAACAAAUACAGUACAUUUUCGGGUUUCAUUCUGUAUCCAGACUGAACUGCCACCUGCCUCGUCUCGAGCUGAGUGUUGAUGAAUCUCCUCUCUCCGAGCGGCACACUCUCUCGGCACUCCAUUGUCAUUCCUGUCUGUAGUGUCGGUGGAAAUAUAAGGGUCAUCUGAACUCAGAGCCAGUGUGAGAAUAUGUUGUCUGAAUUUGUCCCUUUUUGUUUAAUGAUGUCUUGUGUUUGGCUGUUAUACUCUAUUAAAGAAUGCGUUAAUUACGCACAGGAUGGUGAUGAGGAUACAACAAUUAUCGAUAGAUUACUAGCAUAUCUGUAAUUGUCCUCUGAGUGAUUUUUGCUCAAAUGAAACUAAUUUCCUGCAUUUAUGAGCCCCUAGUGGCCCCUAAUGUAAUACAGUUUCUGCUGUUAGCUUAAAUUGGCUUCAUGUAGAUACGGACAAGCAAUUUGGUCUAGAUCUCGACAAGCACGGUUCAGCAUUUCAGCUCCUUGGCAUACUGUAGUUCACCAAAAAUGAACCUUCUCUCAUCAUUUGCAACUCAUGUUGUUCCAAACCUGUAUGACUUUCUUUCUUCUGUGUAAUCCAAAAAGAGAUAUUCUGCAAAAUGUCCCAGCGUUUUCUCUUUCCAAAACAAUGAAAGUCAAUGGGGUCCAAAAUUGACCCACAGCAUUCUUCAGAAUAUCUUCACUUGUGAUCGACAAUAGAAAGAAGUCAUCAGGUUUGGAAUUAAGGCGAGUCAAUGAAGGCAUAUUUUUAUACAUACAUGUAUUUGGCUGAAUUAUCCAUUUAAACCCCCAAUUUAAGCUCAACUACAAAUGUUUUUAUUUUAAUCGUAUGGCUGAGCAAUAAAGAAUUACAGUGGGUUUUCAGUUUGCAUUUAAAUUACAAGCCUGUGUGUGCGUGUGUGCAUUUUAAUGAGCUCUGGGACUUGACGUUUGACCUCACACAGGUUCUCCUGAGACCUUCAGUGAUAACACACCUAAUACAAUAAGCAUGCCAAACAUCACAACCGCAAAAGAGAGAGGGAGAGAAUUCUGAAAGAG